AGGCUGAUGAUAGUGAAAUGAUUACAUAGCAGGUGAUUGGGCUUUUGAUUUGGUGGUAAUUUUAACGGCUUAUUUUAAAUCAUUUAUUAUAACUUGUGUCUAGUUUGAUUUUGUUAGUCUGUUUUCUUUGUUUUUGGAGUUUGAAAAGUUUUUUAAGGGUUUGUUUGUUUUUGGAAGCGAGUGCUCCGACUGACACGAUGGACUCUGGGAAGCAGCGUGCUGUCGAGGCUGGCAGCCCGCGGAGGAGGUUCCUCGACACGGAGCUCCCUGCUCCGGCGACGAAGUCUUCGCAGCAGGGACGCCUUCUUCACGUCCCGCGAGGCUGGACCAUGUUCCGCCACUUCAGCUGCAAGCAGCUCAUCGGGAGCGGGGGGCGCGUCAGCCAGGUCACGCACGAGCAGAUUCGCAUGGUCACAGACACCGGGAACGUUCACUACUUCAGCAGCACCAACAGCAGGGAGGGAAGGUUCCCUUCACACGCAGACAAGGGCAGGAAGGUUCGGUCGCUCGACAGCAGGGACACGGGCGGCAGAAGCACAUCCUCGGGUGCUGGUAAACAGUCCCCGGCAUCUGCCGGCCAGAACUGUAGUUUCGAGAAGUUCCAGAAAUUGUGGCUGGCGUGCUGCAUGUCGCUGCUGCUGGUUGCAGGUUUUUUCCUCUUCCGCAGGCUCGCGGGCCCGGGCGACGAUGCUUGCCGACACACCCUCAGGACGGACAUGCUGGAACGAGUUUUCAAACACAAACUGUUCGGGCAGGAGCGGGCCAGUGUGGAGAUUGUGACGCAGUUGACGCUGUUUUCGAUUUCCGAUGGCCCGAGAGUCGAGGCCAUGGUGUUCUAUGGCGGCACCGGCGUUGGCAAGUCCUAUGCGGCUUCGCUGAUAAGUAAAUAUUUCACGUGGCCUAGAAACAUUCAGUACGUCAUUCCCUCAGUGGCUGGCCACUCCGUUUCUUCCGCUGACGAGGUUUUGUCGAAUCUUUCCCCGUGUGGUGAUAACCUGGUUAUCAUGGAUGGGCUGUCCGUUGGACAAGAAAGGGCCGGUGUGAAAUUCCUCGAUGAGCUCUCUGCUGCAAGCAUUUCGCGUGGUUUUCGUGUCAUCCUCAUACUAAUUUUUAACAUUCAGCAGCGUGGCAAGGUAUCUACUGAAAAUCAACUUAUGAUCGAAAGUAUGUUCAAAAUCAGGGCUUGUUCAAUACUUUUCCAACCAUUGCAAGAGCAGCAUGUGAAAAAGUGUGUGAAGGAGGCCUUAUCACAGCAAGGAAUUUCGAUGUCUAAUGGGGACGUUGAUCACUUGAUUUCAGUUCUAAUGCCCUUGCGCACUGGCUGUAAAAGUGUUGCUAGUAAAGUUGCUGUAGCGAUAAGGUAAUAAGUGCAGUAACAGUUUUAAUUGGUUUUAAUCAACUUCAUGAAGUUCAUUAUUUUAAAAUAUUUAUCAAUGACACUAAGAAAUUUUGAAUCUAUUUAAUAAUCUUAAGUUUUAAAUCUGAAAAUGCAAAUUUUUUAUCUUCAUUUCAAGUAAUCAUUGUUGAGUUAUAUUUGUCUGAUGCAGGUUUUGUAUUAAUAAACAAUUUAAAAAAAAGAAAAAGAAAAGACUGAAAAAUCACUGCCUUUUCCUACAAAUAUUUCUAGUGGUUUGUUGUGAUGAUGUUGACAUUCCAUUGUUUUAAAUGGUACAUGUGUGUUUUUUAUUAUCAGAUACCUGUGUUCUUUAACUUUUUUCCUGUAAUUUUCAAUUUUUGACAAAGUGUAUCUACUGCGGUAUUUUUGCGGCUGGCAGCAAGAUAGCUGUUGGUGUGAGACGAAAAAUACGUUUUGAGCAUUUAUUUUGUUUUCACCAAACCAUUGGGGUGUUGAUGUUAAUGCCAGUAUGUAAUUUAUCUGUAUUGGAGUUGGUGAGUGUGUAAUAAUUAAAUCCUACAUAUCAAACCAAAAAAAAAUUACUUUGCUGCCAUCCGUAGUAAAAUCUCGGCAUAUGUAUAUUUUAUAAUUGUAUUGUACAAAGUCCAUUAUAAGCAAUGUCUAUGUUAUAUAUAUUUUACUAUCAUUAUUUAUCAGGGUUUGGUAGGGUAAGUUAAAUAUCUUGCACAGUGUUAUGAGCAGCUUUUAAAUUUUGUGUGUGUUAAAUAGUUGACUGUAUUUUCAUUUCAAACUGUUGAAAAAUGUACUUUUAAAGCUUGUAAAGGCCGCACCAUUUAUUGGCUAGGAUCUGUGUACUUGUUGAUAAUAGCGACCAUAGUUUCGUUUGUAGUGAAGCAUGGAUAAUAGUUAGUGAAUUGCCUAGGUAUGUCGCUGAAGUCGCCAAGCGAUGAGCGGUCUCUCUCAUUCCUCCCCCCUGCUAAACCUCCCUCCUCCACUGACCGACAUCAUACUUGUCAUCGUGAACCAGGAUGAAGUGUGUCGUCACCAAUCUUUACCCCUGCAUUCGAUGUCGUCAUCGUACUGGACAAACUCAGCACAGAUCAGGUUGCAUAAACAAGGAAUCACGCAUAAGUUAUAGCAAGCGAGCAGUGCAAAGUUAAUAUUCAGUGACGUACUGAAAGGUACUAAUAACUCUUGUUUUUGUCGUCUUCCAUAUAAAAUUUGUCCUAUUUUCGCAAAAAUUGGCCAGCUUUCAUCACAGAGAAAUUCAUAGCAUUAGAAUUACUCAUUUGAUGUUAAUUUUCCAUGGCUUGAAAUGAUAGUGCAUCUUAUUUUAUUGAUAGAAAUUAUUUUAAUAGAAAGAUAUCUCUGUGAUUAGAAGCAUUCCAUAAAAGUGUAAAUAAGACCUUCUCAAAUGGAUGGAAAGAGUAUAAAUUAGAUUAGAAUGUGACGGAUGAAUUGAGUGACAGUGGGCUAUGAAUCUUACAUUUCUAAUUCAACCUAAUGUGCCUUAUGUAUGCAAAUAGAUGGUAGUGAGACAAGCCAUUGUAAGAGCCUGCCAGCAAACAAACACGGGAGCACCUAGUUUUCAAAACAGAAGCACGUUCCGGCAUAUAGCGCACAUACCUGUCUUACUGGACAGGCAGUGGUACUUAUAUGUAACUGCAGUUUCUGUUCAAUUUUUAUUUAUUUUUAAAUUUUAUUUUUUUUUGCAAAUUGUUACUUACCAAUUACAGAUGGUAACAAUUUUUUCGGUAGUUAAUUAUUGUUAGGUAGCAAAAAUAUUUUCUGUCAUUUGCCACAGCUAUUUUUUCCCAUUUGUGCUGAAUGAAACGAACAUUCUGGUUAUCGUGCUACUGUCUAAUGGUGUAUACAGAAGGAGUAGUAUGGGUUUAGAUUCUUCCUGAGAAUACACACACACAUGUAUAUACAUAAUUUUUUAGGUAAUUUAUUUUAAUUUGUUACAUUUUUACUUUGGGGAAAAACUUCAGUUGUAUGUAUACUGGUUAUUUCCAGGUUUCAAAACAUUGUUGAAUAAAAUAUAUUUUUUGAAAACAGUUUUUUUGUUAAUCCAGCCGUUAAUCCAAUAUUCAUCUUCGAGAACAGCUGAUGCAUAAAACCCAUUAAAACAUAUCUAUUUUUCCCACAGUCAUUAAUUUUUUUUAAUCACUACCUUAGGUUACCAUCUUGAGGCACUCCAGCACUACAUGUUUAAUCAUGUGUUAAAGGUAGUAAACUUUACUGUUUUCAAAUUUGCUAUAUUCCAAAAGCGCAUAAAAAUUACUUCAUAGCUUUAAAAACUUUUAAGACCGAUUUCAAUUUCAAAUCUAG